GCUCCAUCAUCAGCUGCUUCAUCCUCUGCCAUGUUCGAAUUGGGGCCUUCCGCUGGCGUUGAUGCUGGACAACAAGCUUGUCCCACCAUACAGCGGCGGUACUCUUCAAACGGAUGGCUACCAUCUUAACCUGUUUAUUUUCCGGUACCUCCAUAACGUCAAAGAAUCUAUCAACGUCAAUUUGCCAGUCGAGGAAGUCUUCUAUGCCCAUAGUUCCGAAGAACAAUGGGAUAUCAGCCUUGACCCGAUAGUCGUUACGAUUCCGCCAGUUGUCAUCAGCAUGGUUCUGGUAUUCAUCCUAGACCUCUUCAUCCGAACCAGAAUCGGAGUCAAUUUGAACACCACGUGCCCUCCAGGGACGCUCUUCCAUUUCUACUCUCCUGCCUCUCUCCCUCCUGUCAUGAUCGUUGUUCACCUGUGCGGCCAAAUUCGUCACUUGUGUGUGGUCAAGGUCGUGAUCGCCGUGGUAAAAGCCGCGGUGAUAGCCUCGAUAUCUGCGUGGGUGACCGGUUGAUCUCCCAUGGCUGUGCAAGCUUAGAAAAGAGACAGUAGAAACCAGGCUCUGAUACCACCUGACGCAGUCGGAAACUUCAAAGACUCGUUAGCGCCGAAUCCAAAAGAACACAAGCUUGCCAGCUGCAAGCUUCGUUAGAAGACUACUCUGGAAAUCCACCAGAUGUGCAAACCAAUAGGUUUAUUUUAUUGAAGCCAAAAGAAUGAUCUUCUACAAACGCAGACAAGGCCUUAAAUAGCCAAGGUCCCAAUAACCCAAUUCUACAAUGCUUAUUAAACUAAAACUGACAAUGACUAGGAAAACCUAAACAAAAAAACAACAUAAACAAUAAACAAUAAACAUGAUG